AUGGUGACCUCAUCCAAGCCUGUAACAAUUACUGAGGCGAUCGAUCUGAGCGUAGCUCUCACUGAGGAGGCUAUCCGCCUAAACAAAUUUUCUGAGGUUGAGCCAAAGAAAAAGGAGACUCAUGUAGAGUCGUCCGGGGGUAGUAAAAGGAAGUUCUCGAAUUUCAAACAAGGCAAAAGCAGUGAUGGUAGGAAAGGAGAACCAAGCGCACCAGUCCAAGCUACAACUGGUACUGGAAGGAAAGGAAAGGGAUAUAUGGAGGAUAUAACUCUUGAAAAGCUUGAUGAUUUUAGUUUUGUGAAUGAUGAGCUUGUGAAGAAGUUGCAAAAGAAGGUUGAAGCUGAUCAAGCUGACAUAGAUAUUCUUAAAGUUCGAAUAGCAGAAUUGGAGGAAGAAAAGGCUCGAAGGGAUGAGCAGAAUGAAUACUUUAAAUUGAAAAAUAAAGAGUUAGAAGCCAAUAUUGCUAAGAAAGAACAUGAAGCGUAUAUGAUAAAGAAAGUGUUGGAAAACUUGAUUGGAAAGCCGAUAGAACAAAGAUUUGAAGAGAUUGAACUUGAGGAAGUAAGAGCAAGACGUAAAGCUGAAAUAGAAGCUAAAAUGAAAGACAAAGGUAAAGGUGUUCCAGUUGAAGGUGUUGCUCAAGUAACUGAAAGGGCAAUUGUUGUGUCUGAGCCAACAAAAGCUACAGAAACAUCUAUUCUAGAUCCUUGUCCUAUUUCUUCAGUGUCUGGUGAAAUUGACGAUGAUGAUGAAGAUGAUGAAGAAGAAGACGAUGAUGAUAUUCUGAAAGAUGAUGCAGAUGAUGUUUAUUCUGUACAUAGUGAUCAUGAUGAUGAUGGUAAUGAUGAUGAUGAUGAUGAUGAUGAUCUUAGUACUUCGGGUAUCAAAGUAACUGAAGCAUCAAAUGAAGAGAAGAUUGAUGAAUAUCUUCAUGAUGAUGCAAACGAAGAGCCUGAAAAUGCAAGUGGAAAGGGGGAGCAUGAUGAUGCUGAUAAAGAUGAUGAAAAUGUUGAUCAAAGUUCAAGAUUAAUUGUAAUACCCCAAAAACGGGUUUGGUCAUGGAUGGGAGCGUUGAAGGCUAACGGGCUAAGAAGACUCAAUCGAGUAAGCGAACGCAAAUACGGACGCGCAAGGCUAUACAAGUUGGAUGUUUCAUCAAGAAGUGUACGCGGUUGA